AUCAGUAUAUCUUCUGAAUUUACUCGUGAACAGACGUCUGAGUUUAUCUAAGUUAAAAUGAAGUUCCUUAUUCUUGCUGCCGUACUAGUUGCUGGUGCAUAUGCCACCUUAAAUGCUGAUGAAGCUAAGCUCGUGAAGGGUUCAUGGGAUAAAGUUAAGGGACAAGAAGAUGGAAUUCUCUAUGCAAUUUUCAAGGAAAAUCCAGACAUCCAAGCUAAAUUCCCAGCAUUCGUUGGAAAGAACUUAGAAGAAAUUAAAUCCAAUGAUGACUUUACAAAGCAUGCCGACAGAAUUGUCGCUGCAGUCUCAAAAUACAUCGAAUUGGUUGGCAAUGAAGCUAACACACCAGCCAUUAAGACUCUCCUUAAUGAAUUAGGACAAACCCACAGAAGUCGUGGUGCAACAAAGGAACAAUUCGAAAAGUUCAAGUCAUCAGUUGCUAAAUAUCUUAAAGAACACUCUGGAGCCUGGUCUGAUGCCACUGGUGCCGCAUGGAACAAGGCAUUCGAUGAAAUGUACGCUAUCGUUUUCAGCAGCCUUGAUGGAAAUCCAGUUCACUAAGCAAUUCGAUCUGAUGUACGGCAACUUCAGUCAAAAAUGGACAAUAUGAACCGCGAAAGUAUUUGCAAUAGGCAGUAAAACAUUUUUUUUUGUUACAUUAACUCAUAUUAUCUAUUGUAAAUUUUCUUACAUUAAAAAUAUCAGUUCAACAGGCA